GCUCGGUAUUCAUUUACUAAAUGUACUGUUUAUCAUCAUGAGGAAAACGAAGAGUUGAGAAGAUGAAAUACUAUAGCCUAUAUUAUUAGUCUUAGGCCUAUUAGACAGGUGUAAACUAAUUAGAAAUAUUAACCAUGGGUUCCAAGAGUCUGAUGGCGAGUCUUACAGACGUGGGGACCUACUCGUAUUCGGCCCUUUGUGCAGUAUCCUUGAACCAGUUGUUUGAUUCUGAGAAGGACAGGUCUUUCAAAAUGAAGACAUUAGACGUGAUGAUGAAGCACCUAAGCCUUUCAAACCAAACUUCAGAAUCUAUCACCGUGAUGAUGGAGAACAACUGCUGCGAUGAUCCGCGAGUCUUUGCUGACGUUCUUCUGGAGGAGGCGUGUCUACAACAGAAUGGACUGCCAAUCAUUACUGACAUGGUCACACUAGCUGUUUGUGAUGGUCAUUAUGAUGCUAGGAUGCGAUCGUUGAUAAAGUAUGUUGCCUGGCAACUGAGAAUCAGCUGGGAUCAAGUAGAGGACAUCGAGUCGAUGUUAGCAGAAUCACUGGAGGCUCGGGAAUAUAAAUUGUCUGACGAAGAGGAGAAGGAGAAGGCCAAAAUAUCCCGGAACAAGAAGAUAAAGAGAUUGGCUUUGAUUGGUCUUGCCACUGUCGGAGGGGGAACUCUGAUUGGAUUGACAGGCGGCUUGGCGGCUCCUUUGGUGGCUGCUGGUGCUGCCUCCAUCAUUGGUGGUGCUGGGGCAGCAGCCUUGGGGUCCACAGCAGGUGUUGCAAUCAUUGGGUCAUUGUUUGGAGUGGCAGGGGCAGGUCUAAGUGGGUAUAAGAUGAAGAAACGAGUUGGGGCUGUAGAGGAGUUUACGUUUGAGCCGUUAUUUGUUCUGGGGAAACAGCUUCAUCUGACUGUGGCAGUCACAGGCUGGCUGUCCAAAGAAAUGCCAGACUUUAAGAUGCCAUGGCAAUCACUGGCAGAGUCUCGAGAGCAGUACAGUUUGAGAUGGGAGACAAAGUACUUGAUGGAGCUAGGGGAGGCCUUUGAUUAUAUCCUUAAUGGAGCCAUCUCCAUGGCAACACAGGAGGCACUCAAGUACACCAUACUGUCAGGUAUCAUCACAGCCAUUGCCUGGCCUGCAGUGCUGGUGUCAGCUGCCGGUGUCCUGGACAAUCCCUGGAAUGUGGGCAUUCAGAGAGCCUCAUCCACUGGGAAAGAACUGGCGGAAGUCCUGCUGGCCAGACAACAGGGAAAUCGACCUGUCACAUUGAUUGGGUAUAGUCUUGGUGCUAGAGUCAUCUUCUCUUGCUUAGAAGAAAUGGGAAAGAGAAAAGGCAGUGAGGGGAUUGUGGAGGAUGUAAUUUUAUUAGGGGCACCUGUCUCUGGGAACUCUAAACAAUGGGAGAAGCUGAGCCACGUUGUAGCAGGUCGGAUCAUUAAUGGCUACAGUAGAGGUGACUGGCUGUUAAAGUUCCUGUUCAGAACAGCUAAUGUGCACUUUACACAUGUAGCAGGCCUGGGCCCAGUCAAAUGGAACAACCGCCGUAUGCACAACAUUGACCUUAGUGAUGUUGUAUCUGGUCACAAGGACUAUAUGAAGCAGCUGCCAACUAUCAUGAAAGUGGUGGGAAUUAGAACAAAGGAGGAUAUGGUGAUAGGCAAGGUCCCUCCUCAUAAACUUUUCCCAACAUCAGAGAGCUGCGACAGCUUCACCAGCAGUGAGGAGGACGGGGAAUCAAGGGACGAAGCAACGGGAGGUGAAGGAGGGAAUGAGCCGAGACAGAAAGGGAGGGACAAGAAGUCUGUGGAAAGUCAAAAUGAGUCAAAAAAGACCCAAGAUGGCAGACAGGAAGGAGAUGAGGCAAUAGGGAAUGAGGGACAUGAUGAAGAAGAACUCAAGAAGAAUGAUGACACAAGUCUAAAAGAAUCGAAACGGACAGAAGAUGGUAGACAGGAAGCGAAUGAUGCUGAGUUUGUUAAGUACCAGGGAAGUUUUGGGAAGGAAGCAGGUGUACAAAAAGAAGAAUGCGAGAACUCACAGAAGAUGGGAGAGGUAGGAAAGAAAACUGGGGGUGCUCAGGAAGAAACCUGUGAUGUUAUAGAUGAGGAGGAUAAAGAGAGUAGUAAAACUAGUUCAGAGGUUUCAGCACUGAUAAAUCAAACAGGGGGAGAUAACUGCUGUGUAGCUGAUUCAGAGGAAAUCCACAACUCGAACUGUGAUUGUGAUAAUGAAGUAGAUGUUAUCAGAAGUUUGGAAUCCAGAGAAAACAAGAAUGAAAGUUCUGUACCAAGUGAAAAGAAAGGGGCCGAUUUUGAUCAGGAGAAAGAUAAUUGUAAUAAAUAUUCACAAGAGGCAUGUGAACUACCUAGCAGUGAUGAAAAUGGUCCAUUAAAUUCUGAUCUAUUUAAAUUUUCUUUAGAAGAUAAAAACAGGGAGGAGUCUGACAACAAAAAUCCCAACCAAACAUGAGCAUCAGAGUUCUUAAAACUUUUAUAUGUGUGUCAGACAUUUGGACUGACAUCCUUUAAAGCAUACCAGUCUGUACAGAUAUCUAGUGAUAAAAAAUGCAUACCAGUCUGUACAGAUAUCUAGUGAUAAAAAAUGCAUACCAGUCUGUACAGAUAUCUAAUGAUAAAAAAUGCAUACCAGUCUGUACAGAUAUCUAGUGAUAAAAAAUGCAUACCAGUCUGUACAGAUAUCUAGUGAUAAAAAAUGAAAAUUUUUGCAAAAUAACAUCAUCAUAAACUUCAGAGUGAGUAAAAAGAGUGAUAAUCCAUUAAAAUGAAUUUAAUGUAUUACAAAAUUUAACAUUGAAAAAAUUAUGCGCCUAUUUAUUUACAUUGUUCCAUUUCCGGUACAGAAUUGAGAAAUUAGGGUUUCAUUUUCAGUGUGCUCACACAAAAUUGAACUGAGUUACAUUCCUGGCCUAGCUUUGCUCUUUUGAUUAAUUCAGUGAGAGAUCAUGCAGUAGCCCUUUUUUCACCAAUCAUUGUUACUUACAUAAAUGGAGGUUCGAUGUACUCUAAAAUCAUUAAUUUUCAAUUCUUGUUUAAUUAGUUGUUUUUAUAGUGUGGCUGGAAUUGUGUUAAAUGAAACACUGAAGAACAAUAAAGAAUGAGAAUUUUAUCAAAUGCCACUAUAAUAAAUAUAAUUAGUUUACACAAAGAAGUACAAAUGUGUUGUAGUGCUUAACAAUGUCCUUCUAAAUAAGCCUUUUAUGUUCUUAAUAUUCUUAUUUCAUUGAAAAAUUUGCAGGUAAUGAGUUUUGAUACUUUGGUUGUCACAGUAGCUCUCAUUUAGUGUGCUAGUGAAAAUACAUGUAUAUCAACUAAUUUACAUAAACAAAACCUACAGGUGAAAUACCAUUGUAUUUGUUUACAGAACAUUUGAUGAAUGUGAUGCAGAUUGCCAUUCUUGCAGUUUAAACAUAUAUGUAUAAGUUGGUGUUUUGAUGUGCUUUUGAGACAGUCCUAUCUGAUUUGCCCACGAGAGCUGAAGUGCAUCACAUGAUACAGGCACAGAAAUUUGUAGUUAUAUACAUGCACCUUCGUAUGCCUUGCUUUGUCAAUUAUCUUUUAUGAAUAUGUUUAAUUUUUAUGCCAACUUUUCUGUAUUUUAAGAAAAAGCUAGACAUGAUAAUUUCAUUCCUAAAAAAUGAGAAAAUCCAAGUUAAUUCAUCAAGAUUUAAACAUGUUUAUACACUUUUAAAACUCUAAUACUUGUAUGACAAAGUCAUGAUUGAUAUUUAGGACUAAUCGCAUGCUAUUCUUGUAAUCUACCAUCAAGAUGUAUGUUUCUAUAGUCUGUCAUUGUUUUUUGUCUGUUUUGUAUUUUUUUUUUUUACUGAAAACUUCACUGAUUUAGUGCUUGUUCUUUAUUUAUUGAAAACGUUGAACAUAUUGGAGAACAUAAUUAAUUUCCGUGCCAUCUGAGAGACAUGUAAUAACAAUGUAAAUCAUAUAAAUGCACUCUGUUUGCUGAAAGGAAAAUGGUACAAAAAUAAGCACCCUUUAUCAAAGUUCCAAAAAAUUAUAUAUUAAUUAUGAUUUAAUACAUACAUAUACAUAUAAAUGUCUUAUCUUUAGGAUCACCAACAUUUUUCUGUUAAAUUCAUAUAUCCAAAAACUGUACGCUCUCAAUAUAAAAUGAACAGUGUAUAAAAAUAUUAAGGAGGUACUCUACAUCAUCAUAAUGGCUGACUUCCUUUUAAAACAUGGAUGAAAAUAUUGAUAACAGCAGUAUUUGUCUAUUCAUUUCAAAAUUCAUCACCUAGCUGUGUAGUUCAGUAGGAAAGCACGUCGACUACUGAACUGUAGAUUGCGGGUUCGAGUCCAGCAGGGGUUUAAUUUUUUUUUUUAGAUUGCUUUCUACUAAAACUGCAUUUUUUGACAAAAUAAAGUAAAUUUGAAAGUUUUGAAUUUCAAAAUAUUGUUGUACAUAUCCUCCACAUUUGAUCCAUAUCAAAUUUCUCUGGUGUAGCAUUCCUUCUCAAGUCCUCCUUGGAGUGAAAUAGGCUCAUAUGCUCCAAAGAAAGUCACUCUUCCUUGAUUUGUAAUCAAGGUUAAUGUUAUAUGUGACUUGUAGUUUCAAUUUACUGAGUAAUUGUGUAGAAUAAUAUUAGUUUCUACUGAUGACACAUUGCCGGUAACUUUACACAAACCAAAUAUACUUGAUAUUUAAAGAAUGAUAUGUAAAUGACACAAGUAUACAUACAUAUAUAUGUAGGUGUGUUUAUAUUAUAAACAUAUUGCCCAACUUUUACUUUCGCAAGCAUUUAUUGAUGUAGAAUUUUUUUUUAUAAGUUUUACUUUUUUAAGAUGAUAAUUCAGUGUAUGUACAUGUUUCAGUGUGAUUCAAACAUUGCUUUUAGACACCUCACAUUUAUAGUAAUUACAAUGGUACCCAUACAGUAUGCUUAAAACUACAGCAACUCUGACUUCAUUGCCUUUUAAUGUAUAGGAUAUGCUUUCCCAGCGACAUCUUUGUGCAGUAUUGACAUUUUUUAUUAUUUUCCUUUCUUUUUCACGUAGUAUUGCAUCUGCAGUGUUUAUAUUCUGGUACACGUUAAGUGAAGUGAAACACUUCAUAGUCAGCCUAGAGGAAGGGGUUACGACAAAAUCUAUUAGGACUAAUUUUCACUGAUUAUCCCUGCAAUUGUUUUUUAUUUAAUUCCAAAUGGAAAAAGGUACCCCUAACUAUACGAUAGAAUUUAGUGAUCUAGUCAGGGUGUAUCGGUGCUUUUUAAAAACACCCGUAUCUUAUAAUGCAGGAGUUUCUUGGAUUAUGGUUUUGUGCAAUAGCAAUUUGUUGAUUUUGCAAAUAAAUAUUGAUACAUAA